CUGAAAAUGAAACUGAGUGGGGAGUGGCCAGCCCGUCACUCUGUGCAGAGAGACUUGCAGAGAGCCAGGGAGGCAGAGGGGAAAAAUCAGAGACAAACGGAGAAUUAACCUCGGGGUCUGUGCUUGCGUCUGUUCACCAGGCUCCUGACCCAGUGGAUCUCCCCAAGCCUGCGGGAUCAGGGGGAUGGAACAACUCCGGGAGGACGUCACCUGCUCCAUCUGCUUGGAUGUGUUCAACGACCCCGUCUCCAUCGAGUGUGGCCACAACUUCUUCCGGGGCUGCCUCUCGACUCACUGGAGCCAGAUCUCAGCCCAGGGGCACCGCUGCCCAGAGUGCCGGGCUCCCUGCUCCGGCGAUAGGAUGAUCCCAGACACACGCGUCAAAAACCGAGCGGAGAAAAUCACCAAGCCUCUGCAGGAAGAGACUGAGUUGCAAGAGCCGGGGGCUCAGCCGGAGCCAGGGCGCCCGGUGCAGCUGGUGCAUCUGGACGAGGAAGAGAACCUGAUCCUGGAUGAGGAGGCCCUGAGCCGCUGCCUGGAGCAGGGUGGGGUGGGGGACACCCCCGUCUGCCUGGUGUCCAUCAUCGGGGAGCAGCGCCGGGGCAAAUCCUUCCUGUUGAACUACCUGCUGCGCCGGCUCCGGAGCCCGGACGCGAGGGAUGGGUCAUGGAUGGGCCGGGAGGAUGAGCCCCUGGAGGGGUUCGAGUGGCGUGCGGACGAGGAGCGAGUCACCAAUGGGGUGUGGGUGUGGAGUCAGCCCUUCUGGGUCCCGGCCAAGGUGGGGAAGGUGGCCGUGCUGCUGGUGGACACCGAGGGCUCCAUGGACAUUGAAAGGAACAAGGAGACCAGCAUCAAACUCUCUGCCUUUUCCAUGCUGCUCAGCUCCUACCAGAUACUGAACACUGGCUGUCGGGUGAAGGACCUGGAUCUCGAAUACCUGGAGAUGUUUGUGCAGGUGGCCGAAGUGGUGGGAGAGGCCUAUGGACUGGAGCCCAUUCAGCACCUGGACCUACUGGUGCGGGAUUGGAGCAGCUCCCGGGUCCUCAGAGCCCAGGGUGGGGAGCAGCAUCUGAGACACGUCAGACAGAAGCUGGAGGCGAGGUCCCCUUGCAAACACCCCAAGGCCCAGGAAGUGCUGAAGAGAAGGAGCAGCCGCUGUUUCCUGAUGCCCUUCCCUGGCGAGCGGAUCGCGAUGGGGAGCAAGGGAAGGCUGAGAGACAUGGGUGAGAAAUUCCGGGAGAGCCUGAGGGACUACGUCACCACCCUGGUGAGGACGGCUGGUCAACAUGUCCGGAAGGACCGGCAUGGGGAGGUGCUGACCGGAACACAACUCGCUGCCAAGAUAAAGAAUUUAUCUGAUGUGAUGAAGAAACAUCGCUCCGGCUUCUCCUCUCCCUGUCAGAUGGCCAACACCUUCCACAACCAGAGAGUCCUGGACAGUGCCCGCGCAGACCACGCUGUGUUUCUGAAGGAGAAGGACGGCGGCUCCCGGAACAUGGUCGCCUGCCUGAAGGUGCGGCCGGGCAAGAUGGCGGAGCUGUUCGCGGAGCGGCGCGGGCAGUUGCUGGCGCGGUGCUGGAUGGACAUGCGGGAGCCGGCGCUGGAGAAAGAGGCCCAGCUGAUGGAGCUGAAGGCGGUGCUGACGCGGGAGGCCGAGACCUUCCUGCAGAGCUACGGGAAGCGCUUCAAGAAAUUUGUCACUGCGGCGGGCGUGGGCGCGGGGGCGGUGGCCCUGGCAACCGUGGGCGGAGCUGCUGGUGCAGGAAUUGCCGCUGCUGCCAUUGGGGCAGAAGCGGCUGUGGCGCUCAGUGUGUCGGGGGCAGCAGGCAUUGGGGUUGGGGCGGGCGCCGUGGCUGGGGGGUGUGUGGGCGGGGGUGUGGGCAUGGGAGUUGGUGGGAAGAUCACCCAGAAGGACAAGAAGAGGGCCAAGGCUGCCGCUGGCCAACAGGAGGAGGGGGACGGCACUGUGGAGGUGUCGGAUACGGCUCCCCUGAUCUGAACGGCACCCCCCCAGUCUGGGGGUGAUGAAUGGGGUGAUGGGGCUGCAGUGUGGCACAGACACGUCACCCACAAACCACCCCACAGUGGGGCAGCCGUCGCCCACCGAUUCUAAGAAGGGACAUUAGACUCAUAGAAUCUCAGGGUUGGAAGGGACCUCAGGAGGUAUCUAGUCCAACCCCCUGCUCAAAGCAGGACCAAUCCCCAAUUAAAUCAAACCAGCCAGGGCUUGGUCAAGCCUGACCUUAAAAACCUCUAAGGAAGGAGAUUCCACCACCUCCCUAGGUAAUGCAUUCCAGUGAUUCACCACCCUCCUAGCGAAAAAGCUUUUCCUAAUAUCCAACCUAAACCUCCCCCACUGCAACUUGAGACCAUUACUCCUUGUCCUGUCAUCUGCUACCACUGAGAACAGUCUAGAGCCAUCCUCUUUGGAACCCCCUUUCAGGUAGUUGAAAGCAGCUAUCAAAUCCCCCCUCAUUCUUCUCUUCUGCAGACUAAACAAUCCCAGUUCCCUCAGCCUUUCCUCAUAAGUCAUGUGUUCCAGUCCCCUAAUCAUUUUUGUUGCCUUCUGCUGGACUCUUUCCAAUUUUUCCACAUCCUUCUU